AUGGCUAAAUCGAAAAACAAGAUCCUGCUUGCAUCAAUUGUUGUAACACUGGUAUUAGUGAUAUCGAAAUUCCAAACAUACAUAUCACCAUGUAGUCAAUUGUUAUAUUCAAAUGGAAAUCAACUGCAAACUGCUUACAAAUUUCCCGAUGUAUCCAAAGAGCAAUAUAAAGACAAGCUUUUCCAAAGUCUCAACUUCAGCUUAGAAGAGUUUUAUGCUACGGAUCUCACUACAUACCCAGAGCAGGCUAAUAAACUCUCUCCCCUGUUGACAAAUAGAGCAGAUGUCAUUGCCGAAGCUCAGAGAAUUCAUAUGAACAUAUUUAGUACUCUUCUAAAGGGAUAUAAAUAUGCAAUGUUGUUCGAUUAUUCUCCAUCAGAAAAUAAAGGUGAUGCUGCAAUUGUUGUCGGUGAAGCAACUCUGUUGAGAAGGUUUAAUAUAGAUGUUGUAUUUGCUUGUUCAACCGGACAUUGUAGAAAACAUUUAAAUAACGCAGAGAAAUUAAGUAAGAACUACAAAACUACCGAACUUGUGAUUCUUUUGCAUGGGGGUGGUAACAUAAUAGGAUAUCAUGCCGAGGAUAAGCGGAGAUUUGAAGAAAUUCCACAUUUCGAAAAAUUCAAUAUAAUCAUGUUUCCACAGAGUAUUUUUCACCGAGGAGAUACCGAACAUAUUGAGUUAUGCAAAAAAGUAUAUUCAUCCCACCCUAGUUUAACGUUCAUAUGGAGGGAUUCUGUAUCGUACAAAUUAGGUAAAACAUUGUUCCCGGACGUUCGAUCUUUGCUUUCCCCAGAUAUUGCCUUUCAAAUAGGACAAGUCAAACGAUUUAUGGAUCCGACUCAAGACAUACUUUGGAUAAAACGAACCGAUGCUGAAACACCUGUCUACAAGGCGCCAAAAUCUGCAGGAAUUUACAGCAUGCAUGUAGCAGAUUGGUUUCAGUGGAAAACGCCAAAAGGUACUUCCCCAAUGGAAGACUCAUAUUUGAAGACAGCUAAUGGCAUGAUGUUCCUCUCGAGGGGAAGAGUUGUUGUAACAGAUCGUCUUCAUGGAUUAAUAAUAAGUACACUUUUGAAUAUUCCUCUUGUAUUCAUUGAUAAUAAGCAGCAAAAAUUAUCAAAUUAUCAUAAUACAUGGACGCAUAGUCUUGAAAAUUUAAUAAUGGCUACUUCUAGCGAGGACGCAGUUGUUCAGGCAAAACACCUUCUUAAAAAACUUGAUAAAGAAUUGCCUCUAAUUACAGGAUAUUACAACAAUACUGGUUAUUAG